GAACGCGCCGUCGCGUUCUUUUCCCGCGAGAUAACGGUACGCACCUCGCACACCAACGGUGGUUGUUUGCCUUCAUUGUCGAUGUCGAUCUUGAUCGUUUAGGUGGACAAUAGAAAUUUUCCAUAGGAUCGUUUUUUUUCUACCCUUGGAACGGGGGGGCACGAAUCUGUGAACUGUGUGCGAGUCUGGACGUGCACGCCUUACGAUCGCACGUUAUUAAAAUAUAUACAACGAUGACGACGAGAGGACUACGGCGCGCGCGUCUCGAGAAAGUACAGGCGGCCGAUUUUUAUAAAAUAUUUCCGUACCGAUAAGUAGGUCUUGCGGCAUAUGAUAGUCACAUCCUGGUUCUUUAGAAUAAUACAAUUUUUUUUCCAUUCCGUUCCUCCGCUCAUUAUACACGCGACUGGAUAGUAGAAAGUGAAAGCGUGUACUCUACGACCGUCUAUUAUAGUAAUAAUAAUAUAUAUUUUUAUUUUUAUUAUUACAUUGCUGGCAAGCGAGUGUGUGUGUGUGUUUGUUUGCGAGAAUUAUACGUACGCGUGUGCGUUUGAGGCUCUGUUGGCCUGCUCGCGAUUUUCUUUUUGUAAAAACGCAUUCCGACGUGUGUGCGUUUUUCGGGACGCGUCCGCAAAAAUUUCGGGAAAAGUCUGGGUCGGACGAGAGUAUAGAUUUUUGCCGACGUCGUUCCCCGUCGACGUUUUUUGGACUUUUUCAUUGUUCUUAACGCCAAAUUAAAGUAUGAAUACUGGAAGUUAUCCUACAUUUGUGACCGCUGCGCCGGCAACUUCGUUUAACACCUGUUCAAGUGCAAACAUGACUCAAGUGAAUGCAGGAAACAAAUAUACAAAUGUUCAACAACAAACUGAUACAGUUAACACUAAUACAGUAGUUAAUACUUCUAAUACUAGUGGACAAGUGGUUGCACUUUUGAACAGCGAUGAAGCCGGUGUAACUUACUUGAGACCUCUGGAUUCAAAUGGUUUUGCUGUAAAUUUAGCUGGAGUUGGAUCAUCUAAUCAACAAGGACAAAUAUUUACUAUUCCCAUAACUGUUCCUGGUUCUAAACCUGGAGAACAAAGCCAAACUAUACAAAUUCAAGUAGUUGGGCAAGGUGGUAUAUCUGGUGAUAAACUUUUGCCUGUUUUUGGUCCAGUAUUACAACUGGCGUACAACCAACAACAAGACAAUGGAACCAUUCAACUUCAAUUGCAGCAAGAUGGUGAUGUUUCAAAUGACCAAAUACAUAACAAUAACAAUGAUUCAAUGCAAUCGUCUGAUUUAUUGCAAGACGUUCAAGAAGACCAAGAUAUGAUACAAGAUGUCAAACCAGUAAUUAUCGAACAAAGCGGCACAGAUAGUAAUGGUUUACCAUUUCCAUUAGCAGUAGUGGUAAAUCAAGACAUGGUUGUGCGGCGUAAUCAGCAAGACAACAAAAUAAUUGGCGAUCAAAAAGAUAAUCAGGCGGACAAACGAUUAAGAAUUCAAAAUGAACAAGAUCCAGCAAAUCAAUAUGUCAUGACUUACUCAUCUAAUUCAAAUAAUUCUGUUUCAUUGGCUGAUUAUAUAUCAAUGAAUCACGAUAAUAUACCUCUUGGACAUUUUUUAAAAUUUUCACCUGAUAAUAAUAAAAGAGAUAGUAUGGAAUCAUCUGGUAACCAAGAUGAUGGCAAUAAUGAAAUGGUAGUUUACGAAGAUGCCAAUAGUGGGGAAAAGGGUAAAAGAAAAAAAAAAUACAAAAAGAAACCACCAGCUGCUCGAAAACCACGACCUGGUCAAAUACAUAUUGCAACUGCUUUAGAUGGUACACUUCUAUUUUGUUGUCCAGAAUGUAGCAUGGCUUACCCUGAUAAAGAAAUGCUUGAACAACAUUUAGUUGCUCAUAAAAUAGAAAGAAGAUUUAUAUGUGACCUAUGUGGUGCUGGGCUUAAACGAAAAGAACAUUUAGAACGACAUAAAUUGGGUCAUAAUCCAGAACGACCAUUUGUUUGUAAUGUUUGUUGUAAAGGUUUUAAAAGAAAAGAACAUUUAAAUUUGCAUGCUGUGAUCCACUCUGGUGUAAAGACUGAAGUAUGCCAGGAUUGUGGUAAAGGUUUUUACCGGCGAGACCAUUUAAGAAAACAUACUCAAAGUCAUAUCACUAAACGUUUAAAAGAAGAACAUGCUGCUCUUCAACAAAUGGCAGAACAAGUAACAGUAUCAGAUCGUCAAAAAAUGUCUGUUCCAGAGCUCAUCCAAAAUCAAAGUCAUUCAGGACCAAUCAUUAAUUUGGCUCAUCAAGAAAUGAUAAUUGAUGCUGUUGCUAGUGGGAGACAUGAUAGCCCUACCCCUCCAAGUGAUCAUCAAAUUGUCAUCACCAAAGGUAACCAAAAACUUACUGAACAAGAGUUGAUUAUACUACAGCAGCAGCAGCAGCAGAUUCAACAACAGCAACAACAACAACAGCAGCAGCAAUUACAACAACAACAGCAGCAGCAGCAACAACAACAACAGCAACAGCAGCAGCAGCAACCAAAUAGUCCAAAUAUAGCCCAACAAGAGAUGAUCAUUGAGGCUGUAGGACAACAACAUCAUAGUCCAUCUCCACCACAUGUGGAACACCAUCAAGUAGUUAUUACUAAAUUAGAACCAACAGAGGAUUCAAGAGAAAAUGAAAGUAUUGUUUUGACUCAAUCUGAUGCUAGAGAAGCACUUGGUUUACUACACCAUCAAUCUCAAUGACCUAUACUUUCAAUUGCCAAGGUGACAGUUAAACAGAAACCACCAUAAUAAUGCAAGUAUACUAUUGGUAAUCUAUAUUAAUUGUUUCCUAAAAGUAAUUUGAUCUAAAACCAAUGUUAACAUAUGAUACUAUUUUUAAAUUCUACCAAAAAUAAUUUCCAUUAUUUUUUUUUUAUAACAAUUAUAUAGAAACAGGUGCGC